UAAAAACAAAAAAGUCGAUUGGUACUGACCUUAUAAGUAACAACGCAUUAAAACAUUUACCAAGAAAAGGAAUAAUUUUGUUAUGCUUUAUCUUAAAUAGCUGCUUAAAAUUAAACUACUAUCCUGAAAAUUGGAAAAUAGCGAAAAUCAUUCCCAUAGCAAAACCAAAAAAGGACCCCAAGAUUCCGGCAAAUUACAGACCGAUAAGCAUACUAAGCUGUAUGGGUAAAAUCUUCGAAAAGAUCAUAUUAAAAAAGCUAGAUUCUCAUACCAAGUCUCAUAACAUCAUCCCUUCUUUCCAAUUUGGAUUUCAAGCCAAUUUUGCCACCACUCACCAAUUAAAUAGACUCGCUAACACUAUAACAUCGAAUCGAAAUAUUAAAAAAUCUACAGGACUAGUUACACUUGAUCUCGAAAAGGCAUUUGACACAGUAUGGCACGAUGGACUAAUAUUCAAAUUGAUCAGCAACAAUUUUCCCCCCAAAUUAAUUCUUCUCAUUAAAUCCUUCUUGUCGAAUCGAUCUGGCUCCGUUCAUCUUCAUUCUUAUCAUUCUGAACCCUUUAAACCACUUGCCGGCCUGCCCCAAGGCAGUGUGCUGUCCCCAAUACUAUUUAAUAUAUUUACAAGCGAUAUACCUAAAAUGAAAGGAGUUAAGAAAUACGCUUUUGCUGAUGAUUUUGCUAUCAGCUCAUCUAGUUCCAAUCCCGAUAGCAUAUUGUGUAGCCUCAACAAAGGCAUACGAAAAUAUGUGACCUUCUGUGAGCAGUGGAAGCUAAAAAUUAACGAUGGAAAAACGGAAGCAAUAUAUUUCACGAGGUGCCGAAGCGCAAGAAAUCUCCCAAAUAGUUCACUUACGAUAAAUAAUAAUGAAAUUCCUUGGAAUAACACCGUUAAAUAUUUAGGAGUAGUAUUAGAUAAAAAGCUUACAUUUCAAAAACACAUUGAAGAAAAAUUAGUUAGCGGCACAAAUGCGAUUAGAAUUCUUUACCCAUUUAUUAAUAGAAACUCUAAAUUGAAUUUACGAAACAAACUUCUUAUGUACAAAUCGUUAGUAAGACCUAUAAUUACCUAUGCAUCACCAAUAUGGAGAAACAGUGCAAAAACACACAUAAAGAAAAUGCAAAUAUUUCAAAACAAAUUCUUAAAACGAAUACUAAAUCUCCCGCCUUGGUACAGUACAAGCAUUAUUCAUAGAAAAGCUAAAAUUGACAGGAUUAGCGAGUUUAUAGAAAAAAUCAAUAUUAAAUAUCGAUCUAAAUGCACAAAUAGUGGCAUACAUACACUACAAAACCUCAUCUAAAACGAUACUUAUAUUUGUAAAUACUACCUUUUUUUCUCUUUCUCCCUAAUUGCAAAUCCCAAUAUGAAUUAGUUCCCCUAGUAUAGUUUAUAAAAGAAUAAGUUAGUACAUAGUUUAGAAAAUACAGCCAAAUUAAGAGGUUUUUUUGUAAUUUUUCCUCCAUCAAUACGUCAAAUUCAUUUAACAUCAGGAAUAGUGUCCACAAUGCCAAGUGCAAGAAAAAUCAACGAAAUAUCGCGUUAUGGAAACUCCGGUACCGAUGUAAAAUACUAAAUUGUAAUUCAGGAUUAAUGUACAUCUAAGAAAUAAAUACAAAUGAAUGAAUGAAUGAAAACGCGCACGUUUUCCAACCAACGCUACGUUACCUAACGACGCGCCACGGGGGGAACGGAGAAGGGUCGCGGAACAGAGCAUAGACUCAGAUUACGAGGAAAAGCGAUAGAACGACGCACCAUACGGGGGUAAGGGGAGGUCGGAAAAGCUCGGUGCAAAUGGAGAAGCCUGGUGUGGAGCGCACGGAAACGCAAAGGGACAGCGUUGCGGCUCGGCCCCGAGAAAAUUGUCUACACAAGCAAGCAGGGAUCUGGGCCUGCGGGUAAAACAAAAACAGCAGAAGGGAGGGCUACCAUUGCCACAUUGUUUGCAUACAAUUUCAUUCGACUGACGGUGAAGAAUGUUUUCAUCGAACCGAGACGAAGAUGUAGCGGCACUAUUUUAAACGCAAGGACACAAUCGACAUGCUGGAUUCAGGUGGAUUCAUUGAAGAAACUUUCAAUUGAUUUAUUUCAAGAUCUAGGCCGAAAUAGUGAACCACACUUACUUCAGAACAGGUUAUUCCUAUCCAGGAUACAUUUGUGUAUUGCUGAAGUGGUAGUGGAGAAUGGAGGACAGACUUUUGUACAAUUUUUGGGAACAGAUUAGUGCUCUCGAGAAAACUCACCAUCUUCGGCACUGUUUCGCAUAACAUCAUGCCAUAAACAAGCUAGUUUUACACAGGGUUUUCCAGGAGUUCUCAUAGUUGUGGGACACUUCGUUAACUCUGUGUUAUGUGAAGUGAACUUCAUAUAAUGGAAAUUGGACUCUAUGGCACCCGUUUUGGACAGGCUCCUUGGAAAUUCCUAUUGGAUUUGGUGGUUGGAUGGUGCUAUAAGGUCCAAUUCGAAUCACAUUAAGUUCAUAUCACUUAAGAAAGAUAACCCUGUAAAAGUCCUUUGCUAAAGACAUCACAACAUCUAUUGUAACUCGUUAUGCGUUACGUUAUGUGGCUUGAGGGACGCUCCCCCCGUAACGCUCCGUUUGGGUCGAUCAGCUGAACUUGAAAUCGCUACUUAAUCGCACAUCUUCCAACCGAUCUUCCAUUAGAACAUGGGCUGGCGUUCUGGCCUGUGCGCCCUGCAGCACACCAACACAACUACCGGUGUCUGUGUUCGGGCCUAACAAUGGCCGCCCAUUACGACACUCUCGUGGUGCAACAUGUGACUUUCCGGUGCAUGACAAUGAAAGACACCGAUGGUAGUGGUGGUGGUGGUAUAGGGUGUGUUUUUAUGGAGACUACCCCCACCACUACCGGACCCUUCAGCUACCCCCCACUCAGCACACACACCGAGGGAUGGUGUUGGACGGGGGUGCUUACCAUACCACGUAAUCGAUCGUGUGUGCUGCUAUAGGCUCACUAAGUGUCUUACACCGUGAGGAGGUAUGCGUAACGCUAGCCCCGGCGCGCUGUUUGCAAUCGCUCGCUCACACGUUCUACGCCAUGCUGUUCCCAUCGUUCCCUCCCCAAGUUCUACACUUCACCCGGCUGGACUUUCAUUUUGUACACCGUGGCUCUCUGUGUGUGUGUAUGUGUGUGAGGGGUUUUUUUCUUUCAACUGCAGUAAGUCCCCAGGGUAGAGAAGGAACGGAAGAGCCCCCGCGUUGUACACUUUGGUCAGCAAAAUCGAGGGCAAAUUUGCUCCAUUCCUGGGUGAUCCGGACAAAAAAGGGAAAAGAGAAGCAGCUUAGAGUUUGAUAUGUGUGUGUGUGUGUUAUGAUGAUGAACGUUUGCCGCUUACGCAUACCACCCUCUCCCUCUAGUGAGCUUCUCUGGCAGCAAUCGAAAGGCAGUAUUGCCUGCCUAGUAACUAGUCAACGGUCGUACAGUGGCCGUAACGGAUGUGCAUUCAGCACCCUCAAAGCAAAGUGUAUCCUGGGUGCAAUUUUCUAGCUUAGUUUUCAAGUGAAUACAGUCCAGAUAGCACAGCCAUUAUUAUACAUCAGCAUGUGCUAUAUUGUAAUUUGACUAAGCAGAACCAGACAUACGGUAGCCGCGUGCCGAGGUGCAGUGCAGUGCGUUUUAAUGUUUAACAGUGUACCGUACAAUCCCGAGUGCGAAGUGGUCGUACGCUUACGACAAACACAUAACUCUAGUGUAAUUUUACACUAGUGAGUGAGCAGUGAUUUUUAUUUUCAGGAAGAAACGAUAGUGCAAGCAAUAGAAAUCGCCUGAUCAGGGCAGCACACAAAAUGUCCACCACCGGCAUGGAGAACCUUGAGGGUGCGGACUCGACGCACAACACCAAGGUGUCCGAUUCCGCUUACUCCAACAGUUGCAGCAACAGCCAGUCGCAAAGGAGCGGCAGCUCCAAGUCACGCCACAGUGGCAGCAACUCGUCCGGCAGCAGCGGUUACGGCGGCAAGGCGUCGACGCAGGCCAGCAGCAUUGCGCCGCUGCCCCAGGCGGCAGCCAAGCGCACCAAGGACAAGGAGCGCAAGAAGAAGAAGCUAAAGACGUCCACCGACAGUGGCACCGUACCGGCACCGAACGGUUCCGCCGGUCCCGGUGGCGUUACGGCCGGCACGGCACCAAACGCAGCCGGCACGGUUGCCAACGCGAACGCCGUCAGCGAUGUCGAGCAGCAGACGCUGGCAGCCGGUGGCUGCGGUGAGCCAGAACCAAUGGAAACGACCACCGGCAAUUCCUCCGUCGCCAGCGUAUCGGGCGAGCUGGGUGCCGUUGGUGCCGGAGCUGGAGGAAUGCAGUCGGCGAGCCACGGUGGCGAGUCGAAUGAGCAUCACGAGCUGGGCCCGGUCACCGGGGGCAAUGGGACAGCCGAGCUGGUCAGCGUGGAGGUGGCGGCCGCAGCCGCCGUGGCGCAGAUUAUUAAUGAAGAAAACACUAAAGAUGACCGCAAACACCUGUCGCAGGAACAGCUGCAUCGUUCGGGUGGUGGUGGAACGCAUGACGGUCGGCAGAAGAGUCUGGUCGCGCAAAGCAUUCUGCCUGGGCCGGCGCCACUACCAGCCGGUGUUGCCUCGAUCGUGAACUCGAUCGCGACCGGUGCCGGACUAAGAACUGGCACCGUGUCCAGCAGUGGCACACUGCUGGGAGUGGUACAGCAGCAGCAGCAACAGCAACAACACCAACAGCAGCAACAGCAACAGCAUCACGGUGGGUUAAAUCAAUGCCAACAGAAGCAAACGCAGCAUCAUCAUCAUCACCAUGGCGCCCAUCAACAUCCCAAGCAGCAGCAUUCCUCCAUGCAGGAUCCAUCGCUGGCGAACCAAAAGCAUGUGCCACAGCAGCACUCUGCCCAACAGCCACAUCAUCAACAGCAGCAGCCGCUGGAUAAGCAGCACCUGCAACCCCAACAGCAGCCGCAGCAGCAGCAGCAGCAGCAACAACAACAACAGCAAGCCCAACCACAAUCAAACACUCCGCGCACCAACAAGCCGGACGUGGAGGAUGGCUUCUGCUGUGUUAUCUCGAUGCACGACGGGGUCGUGCUGUUCACCACGCCGAGCAUUACGCACAGCCUCGGCUUCCCCAAGGACAUGUGGCUCGGCCGAUCGUUUAUCGACUUUGUGCAUCCGAAGGAUCGGGCCACGUUUGCGAGCCAGAUCACGUCCAAGGUGGUGGUGCCGCUCGGCGAAUCGAAAAGCGGCCAGAAGGAUCAGAAAAACUCACUGUACGUGAUGCUGCGCAAGUACCGGGGGCUCAAGACGGCCGGCUUUGGCGUUACCAAAACGACGGUCAACUACGAACCGUACCGGCUGGUGCUGACGUUCCGCGAGGCACCGGCGGAGAAUGCGGAGAUCAUGAGCGGCCGCAGCAUACUGCUCAUCAUCUCGGCCACCCCGGUCAAGAGCGUGUACAAGGAGCCGAACGAGUCGCUGUGCGAGCGGGACCUAAAGUUUAGCACGCGCCACACCACGUCCGGGGUGCUGAGCUACGUCGAUGGCAAUUCGGUCGAAUCGAUCGGCUACCUGCCGCAGGACAUUCUAGGGCGCUCCGUCAUGGAGCUGUACCAUCCGGACGAUAUGCCGAUCCUGCGCAAGGCGUACGAAACGGUCAUGGUGAAGGGGCAGACGGCCGGAGCUUCGUUCGUCAGCCAGCCGUACCGGUUUCUGGUGAACAACGGGUGCUACAUCGUGCUGAGCACCGAGUGGACCAGCUUCGUGAAUCCGUGGUCGCGCGAGCUGGAGUUUGUGAUCGGGCACCAUCGCAUCCUGCAGGGGCCGUCGAUAGCGGACGUGUUUGCCGUGUCGCCGUUCUACUGCCAGACGCAGAACCAAUUCUCCGACGACACGCUCAAGGAGGCGAAGAUGGUGGAGGAGCAGAUACUGCGCCUGCUGAAGGAACCGGUCGCCAAGCCGUCCGACAUGGUGAAGCAGGAGGUGUCGAAGCGAUGCAAGGCGCUCGCCUCGUUCAUGGAGGAGCUGAUGGACGAGGUGGCCCAGCCGGAGCUCAAGCUGAACCUGCUGAACGAGUCGGACUUUACGUUCUCGGAGCGGGACUCGGUGAUGCUGGGCGAGAUAUCGCCCCACCACGAGUACUUCGACAGCAAGAGCUCGUCGGAGACGCCGCCGAGCUACAACCAGCUGAACUACAACGAGAACCUGCAGCGGUUCUUCGACAGCCGGCCGGCCAUGAACAUCGAGGAGCAGAUGAAGAUGGACUCGUCCGGCGGCACGAACACGGAAACGAUCGGGGACGAGCAGCAGUCGCACGCGGUCAGCCCCAACCAGCGCGGGUUUAGUGCGAGCGGCGGCGGGGGCAGCGGCGGGUCGGCGGGAAAUUUUAGCUCCGAAAGCAACGCGCAGAUGGACAGCACGACCAACACGACCAGCAACACGGGCGGGACGGGCGGGACGGGCACGUCGUCCGGCGGCGGGGGCAGCUUCCAGCCGCCGACGCUGACGGAGGAGCUGCUCUGCAAGCACAACGAGGACAUGCAGAAGGUGAUGCUGAAGAAGCACCGGGAGGCGCGGAUGGUGGCGCGCGGCACCGACAAGAACAAGAAGGGCCCCCCGGACAAAGCCGGGUACGGGGGCGGCGCGGUCGGGCACGGGGUCAAGCGGGGCUCGUCCCACUCCUGGGAGGGGGACGCACACAAAACGAUCAAGCACCAGCACAACCCGGACGGGGGCGGUUGCUCCGCGAUGCUGCAGCAGCAGCAGCAGCAGAAGAUGGGCCCGGUGGCGCCACACGCCUUGCAGCAGCAGCUGCUGAUACAGCAGCAACACCAGCAGCUCCAACAGCAGCAGCAGCAGCAGCAGCAGCAGCAACAACAGCAAGCUCAACAGCAGCAACAGCAACUGCAGCAGCAACAGCAGCAACAGCAGCAGCAGCUUUACCAGCAAACGAACAUGCAAAUGCACUACAAGACGCAGCACGUCUCGCAUCAGCUGCAGUACCAUCACGCACUACAAGGCCAGGGGUCGGCCGCACUGCAGCAGACGGGCGGAGGGAUGCAAACCCACCUCCAACAGCAGCAGCUGCUCCAUCAUCAACAGCAUCAGCAGCAGCAGCAGCAGCAGCACCAGCACCUUUCCCAUCCCGCGCCUAGCCAGCAGCAGCAGUACCCGUACCAAAGCCCGUACCACAACAACGGUCCGGUGCAGUCGACCGUCGCGGGCGAAAGCCUCCUCGCCGGUGGGAGCAACCAACGCUCCACCUUCACGACACCCUCGAUACUGGCGCCCCAGAUGGCGUACGGGGGAGCACACACCACCGGCAGCAGCCUGACCGGGCGCACCGGCGACCUCUGGCCACCGUUCAGCGUGAGCGUCACGACGAUGCAAGCGUCGGCCGGGGCCGGUUCCAGUGCCGCCAGCUUCGUACCAUCGCACAGCAUAUUUCCCACCCUGUACUACAUCCCGGCGGCGGCGGCGGCCGCAACGGCCGCACCCCAGCCCGCCCCGAUCACCGUACCGUACAUGGCGGCCGGUGUCAUGUAUCCGCAUCCGCAGCUCUACCACCAGCAGUCGCUCCUGUACCCGCCGAUGAUGUACCACGCGAUGCCUUACCAGCCGCUUCCACCACCGUGCGGGCUUGACAGUGACACCCGAAAUCAUCAACACCAGCAGCACCAGCAACAGCAGCAACAGCAGCAGCAGCAGCAACAGCAGCAGCAGCAGCAACAACAACAACGACAGCAACAACAGCAGCAACAGGCACAACGACUUCAACCCCAGCCCGGCCACACCACGUCGACUGGCGGUCCCGGGCCAGCAGCCCCCGGCGGGAUGGCGGUCGGUCUCGGACAACCGGCGACCGGCGGUCAGCCUUCCGCACAAUCGGCCGAGGUGCCAGGUGUGCCGACCAACGCUGGCAGUGGUGGUGGCAAACACCCGGCACACAUGACCGUGCCACCGUCGGCAGGUAGCGGUUCCCAGUCGCAAACACCCUUCCAGCGUCCGUCCUCGCAGGCCACCUCGGUCAAAGCGGAACCGGGCUCGGCAUUGGGCAGCAUCGCGUCCGCUUCGAUCGUCGUCAAUCGGGCUUUUUCGGAAUCAUCCAAGAAGGAUCUCACCGAUUCACCGCUCAUCUCCAACGUCGACUGCACGGACUGUGCGCUGGACGAGGUGCACGACAAGCACUGCGAUACGACCGCGUCCGGCAUUGACCGGCGGGUGAAUGGCGCUGGCACACGGCGCACCGGCUCCGGCCAGGUGGAUAAGCUCCCGAUGGGCACCGGGAUCGGUGGCACGGCCGGCAACAACGGUGGUGAUCGCGAUGGAGGAGGUGGUGGCGGUGGCGGCGUCGUCGGACUGGGCGAGGUCAGCGACGAUAUGGACGAGUCCAGCUUUUCCAGCUUCUACUCGAGCUUCCUCAAGACGGACAACUCGUCCGAGGGACAGAACGGUGCGGAGCGGAAAGAAUCGAGCGAGAUGUGCUGGGAGAGUGGUUCGAACAAUGCCACGUCCACCACCAACCGGAUGCACGUGGAUGGCGACGGGUCCGGCAAUCAGGCUGCGCGUGACCGGGGCGGCAGUGGGAAUGGGGCGGGCGACGGUACGGGCACGCUGGUGCGGCCCAGCGGUGCCAAGCGGCGCCCCAAUCCGCCCUGGCUCGAUAACGUCUGCCAGACAAAGGAUCUCAUCUAUCGGUAUCAAAUUAACGAACGGUCGCUCAAGGAGCUGCUGGAUUCGGAUAAUUUGGCGUUGAAAAAAAUCAGCCAGCCCAUCCUGGUAAACGAUCAGCUGGGUCAGCUGUACCUGGAUCUCGAGCUGGAGGGCCUGUCGGCGAAGCUGUCGCUGAGCGAGGCGACCUCCGGCAGCAGCAGCGACGACUGCGACACCAAGGACAAAGCCAAAGUGAACAAGCGCAACAUGAAGUACAGCAAGCUGGUGAUGAUCUACGAGGAGAAUGCACCGUUCCCACCGCCGAACGAUUCGGAACCGUAGUCCCGAGCAUACCGCCAUGGCCGGCAGUGGUCUAUGCCAGUAUUCUAGUAUCCGCGUUCGAUUCCGCGGUUACACACAGAAAGACGCACCUAACACAUACAACAAAGUGAGGAUGAUAAUAUAGAUAGAUAAAAAGGGAGGGAGGAAGAAGCUAGAGAGAUUGUUACGGGAUGGGAAAGAUCGCUUUUGUGCAUUUGAUGCAUUUUUUACAACAAAAGACAAAUAAUGUUUUAGAAAAUCGUACGUUCCUAAACGUUAGGUUACCUUUGUAUGGAAGAGUUUUAAAUAGUACUAAGUAUUCAAUAAAAGAAGUGUCAUUUUUAAACGUA